UGCUCCCUCCCCCUCCCUAGAUCCUUAUAAAAUGGCCACAUCUGCCUCAAGUUCUUCAGUCUCUUCCAGACCUGCAUCAUCAACAGAUCCAUCAUGAAGAUUGUGGCUCUAGUUCUAGCUGUUCUGCUGGCUGCAGGUUGCCAGGCACGAUUCCUGCAGGCUGAUGCUCCAUCUCAGUAUGAGCACAUCAGAGCUGCAGUGGUGACCUACCUCGGCCAAGUUAAGGAGACUGCACAGAAAGCUAUUGACCAUCUCGAUGAUGCUGAGUUCAAGGAUUACAAGGCACGCCUCACUCAGGGCCUGGACAACAUUGAGACCUUGCUCAAGUCUGCCUCUGAAUCCCUUGCCCCAGUCCGUGAGGGGAUCGGACCCCAGAUUGUGGAGGCCUUUUCUGGUGUUCGUGAGAGGGUUUCCCAUGACCUGGAGGAACUGCGCAAGGAGCUGGAGCCUAAGCGCGAGCAGCUGCGUCAGGUUGUGAAGAAACAUCUCGAUGAGUACCGCGAGAAGCUGGAGCCUGUGAUGAAGGAGUACUGUGAGAAGAACCGCCAGCAGGUAGAAGAGUUCAGGGCCAAGUUUGAGCCUGUAAUCAAGGAGCUGCAGGAGAAGAUCAAGGUCAACGUGGAGGAGACCAAGUCCAAGCUGACCCCCAUUGUGGAAACCAUUCGCAACAAGCUGACCAAGGGCCUUGAGGAGCUGAAGGCCACAUUUGGACCCCAUGCCCAGGAGUACAGGGAGCAGAUUGAAGGUGUCUUUACUGAGCUGCGCCAGAAGUAUGAAAAUGGGGAACUGCAACAGAAGCUUAAGAAUUUGGGUGAGGAGCUCCGGCCCCAGCUGCAGGGUAUCUAUGCAACCAUUGAGAAGGCUUUCAAGGCAUAAACACUCUCAUCCACCUUUUUUGCCUACAGUGCAGUCUUAAAGGCUUCCAUCUGUAUUUCUCUACAUUCUGUUAUCAUCAGUUGGGCCUGUAAGGCCUGCCAUCACACAGGGUCUUUUCAAGACCUCUGCACUUUCCAUUCACCACAUGGGUUGAUGCAAAAACUGGACCUUUGCUUUUUAUCUUACAACAUGUCAUUCCAUUGAAUCUACUGUAUCAAGCACAUGCUAAAGUAAACAAUUUUGUGUAACAUUCUUAAAUGCUUGAUGUAAUGUUUUGUUGUGCUUUGGUGUUGUCAAAAACUGCUAAAAGAAUGGCUCAAUAAAAUAAAAAAAGUUUCAUAUUAA